AUGAAAUCCGUGCUGGAGGCUUGUUCCCUAAAAUCAAGUAGCUGUGCGCACCACUACUGGAGCACUACGGAGAGCAGCAGCGGGUGUCCCAGCGGGUGCUGGGAAGGGAAGGCUGCAGGUCAGCGCCCCGCUGCCCCUGCCCGGGUGCAGGGAAGGGCUGCAGCUCCGGCCCCUGCGCACCCCGAGCGGAGAUGCUGCGGCCCUGCUGACCCCUGGGGCGGCAGACGCGGGGGAGGGCCCCGCUGCCCCACGGGGCCGGCGCUGCGGGCUCAGCGGCGGCCAGCGCCCCUCGGAGACGCCGCCUCGGGCGCGGCCGUGCCGGCGGAGGGUCGGGCGGCUCUGCUCCGCUCCGCGCUGGAGCAUGUCAAUGCCCGUCUUCUUGAGCUGUACCCUGAUGAUGAAGAACGAUUUGAUAUUGUUCUGAUGACUAAUAACCAUGCCCAAGUGGGAGUAAGACUCAUAAACAGCAUCAAUCACUAUGGCUUAACAAUUGAACGCUUCUGUAUGACGGGAGGAAAAAGCCCUAUUGGUUACCUGACUGCGUACCUUACGAACUUGUACCUCUCAGCAGACUCGGAAAAAGUGCAAGAAGCUAUAGAAGCAGGCAUCGCAUCAGCUACGAUGUUCACUGCCAACAAAGAUGUUGCUUACUCGGAUACACAGUUGAGGGUGGCAUUCGAUGGGGAUGCAGUUCUCUUUUCUGAUGAAUCAGAACAGAUUGUAAAAGAGCAAGGAUUAGACAGAUUUUUUGAACAUGAACAGCUGAAUGAAAACAAGCCUCUUGCACAGGGUCCUUUGAAAGGUUUUCUGGAAGACCUAGGGAAACUCCAGAAGAAGUUCUAUGCAAAAAAUGAACGAUUAAAUUGUCCCAUAAGGACCUUCCUGGUCACAGCCAGAAGUGCGGCGAGCUCUGGAGCCAGAGUGCUGAAGACUCUUCGUAGCUGGGGUCUGGAGAUUGAUGAGGCACUUUUCCUAGCAGGAGCUCCUAAAGGACCGAUCCUGGUGAAAAUCCGCCCUCACAUUUUCUUUGACGACCAGAUGUUUCACAUCGAAGGAGCACAGAAAUUAGGCACCAUAGCUGCGCAUGUUCCCUAUGGCAUUGCUCAAAAAUACCACAAAUCUGCAUGACUGGAUAGCACUGUUAACGAUAAGGUUCUUAACUCAGCCAGCCUCUAAUACACCAAUAGUUAUGUCUGAAAACCUCUACGUUUGUGUAUUGUAAGCACUAUGUUUAAAGAUUUAACUUCUGGCUAGAACAGCCUUUAAAGGAAAUAUUUUUAAUAUAGGUAAAUUUUUAACAGAGUUAUUUUAAUAGCAUUCUUAAGCACUUUAGGUUUUUUACCCAUCUGGAUCUAGCACUCUGUCUUUGAUAUUAGGAAAAGAUUUGUACUGCUUUUAUAGCUUGAGAUAUAUUUUGAGAGACAGAGAGAACAGUUAUAUUUUCUCUAAAAAACUAUUGACGGGUUAUUUAUAGCAAAAAUCAUGCUGCAAUGCUAGUCCUUGAUGGUUGUUUCUGAAA